AUGACGAUAUCAGGACUCCUGUGCGGUCGCGGGAAGGUGAUGAAUCGAACGCACAAUACGACUAGAGCUAGAAAUUCAGAGCAAGCCGAGCCGCACGUUCGGGCGCAUAUACUUCACGGAGUACAGGGCCCAGAGAACACUAUCGUUGAAGUGCCGGCUAGCAUGUUGCUUGGGUCGCCUAGAGAGGCGCCUUCGUAUAGUAUCCAAAGCUUAUCGAGGUAUAUGCGCGAACGGCGGAACAAACUACCGCCAAUUUUCAGAACCAGAACCACAAAAAGAGAGCAUGGUGAAGGGAACAAGUCAUCCGAAGAGUUGAGAUCCAGCCUUGCACCGCAGAAACACGACGAUAAUGCAAUGGGAUCACAAAAGUCCCUUCGAAGUGUCACAGUGGAAACAAGUCUUGUUCCGAUCUCCUCAUCGCAGAUGGUCCGCCACUCUCAGGAGCUGGCUCCACGCUCUUUGACCAAAGACUUGACAACGGAAUCAAAUGAGUCCGCUACUCUACUUGCAGAUCCCGAGGUGAUUGGCAAUUCCCGCAAUAACAGAGUAGACCUCAGGGGAGCUUUAGAGCAAGGCACAAUUUUGAUAGCAUCGAGACUGCCCACUCAGAAUGCCGCUCAAACGAACUCAGCGUCUACGUCGACUGCCCCGUCGGCACCAGGCUCGUCAAAAAGCUUUGUUCCGUCACCACUUCGGGACCCAAGUCAAGCAUCGUGGAUGGGUGCUGCGAUGGUAAAAGCACCAAAAGGCGAACCUCAAGCACGACACAUCUUUUACGAUAGUGGAUCAACUGACAACAUGAUUACCACAGCCCUGGCCAGUUCAAUCGGCCUGGAAUAUCGUCCGAUUCUACCCAAGGAUCUUAAGGUCUAUGGAGGUGCCAACCAUAGCUUCAUUCCCAAAUACUAUGUCCAAUUAGAAUUGAAGGACGAUGGACAUGGAAUAAAAGAGUACACCAAAGUUUCUUUCAAUGUUGCCGACACGUUGGGUGGUUGGUCUUUGCUGGUUGGCCGGACAUUCAUGAGUGAACACAAUCUUGGUCUUGCUCGUGUCAGCGAUCCCCAAUCGCUGGUAUUGACAGCAAGAGCAGCUAGCAAAGAGGAAAAGCGAAAGCAACAACAGUGGAUCGAAGAAACCAAGAAGAAGGCGAAAAUACGUCAGGACUCCCAGAACAAUGGUUCGACGACGGCUGGAUCAAGUACAUCUCGCGGACACCACACCAUCGCUUCAUCUUGUACCACUGUACCAUCAAGUGGUACCACAAGCACUUCAAAAAGCAAGUGA